GAGGCGGCUGGAGCCCGGUCACGUGACUGAGCCAAGAUGGCGUCGCCCAGCUCCCUGUGGCUUUUGGUUGUCGCUCUCCUGCCGGGGUCCUGCGCUGCCCUGGCGCUGGGGCAUGUAGACCCGCCGGCGCCGCUGCCGCUGGUGAUCUGGCAUGGGAUGGGAGACAGCUGUUGUAAUCCCUUAAGCAUGGGUGCUAUCAAAAAAAUGGUGGAGAAUAAAAUACCAGGAAUUUACGUCUUAUCUCUAGAGAUUGGGAAGACCCUGAUAGAGGAUGUGAAGAACAGCUUCUUCUUGAAUGUCAAUUCCCAAGUAACAACAGUGUGUCAGAUUCUUGCUAAGGAUCCUAAAUUGCAGCAUGGUUACAAUGCUAUGGGAUUCUCCCAGGGAGGCCAAUUUCUGAGGGCAGUGGCUCAGAGAUGCCCCUCACCUCCCAUGGUCAAUCUGAUCUCAGUUGGGGGACAACAUCAAGGUGUUUUUGGACUCCCUCGGUGCCCAGGAGAGCACUCUCACAUCUGUGACUUGAUCAGAAAAACACUGAAUGCUGGGGCUUACAACAAAGCUGUUCAAGAGCGCCUGGUGCAAGCAGAAUACUGGCACGACCCCAUAAAGGAGGACAUGUACCGCAACCACAGCAUCUUCCUGGCAGACAUUAAUCAGGAGAGAGGUGUCAAUGAGUCCUACAAGAAGAACCUGAUGGCCCUGAAGAAGUUUGUGAUGGUGAAAUUCCUCAAUGAUUCCGUUGUGGACCCUGUGGAUUCUGAGUGGUUUGGAUUUUACAGGAGUGGCCAAGACCAGGAAACCAUUCCCUUACAGAAGACCACAUUGUACACAGAGGACCGCCUGGGGCUAAAGGAAAUGGACAAUGCAGGGCAGCUAGUGUUCCUGGCUCUAGAAGGGGACCAUCUUCAACUGUCUGAAGAAUGGUUUUAUACCCACAUCAUACCCUUCCUUAAAUGAAACCCUUGCAAUUUGCACCAGAGCUCAGGGAACUCCCCAGCACUUCCAAACCAGUGGAAGACCGUUCCCUUUAUGCCCAAGACUGAGCUCAGAUCCAGCUUGCAACUAAUCCUUCUCCCUAGUCAUCAUCUAACAUGCCCUGCUCCAAAAGAUCCAAGAUCCAAAUCUUAUCCUUUGCCUUAUCCUAUCAGCAUAUGGUAUUGAAUGCAAGUUUAAUUAGUUAAUAACCACGGAGAUUGUUUUACAAUCAUUCGAUGUGGUCAAGCUGUCUUAGGAAACAGUCUGCUGCAGGUCAGUGCCAGAACUGUGCCCAGGCCCAGAAAAGACUGAACUAAAACAAUGAGCUGGAUUCUAAGGGCAAACACCUUUCUCAGGAAAAUCGAGCCACAUUUCAAGCCAAGUGAAGGCCAACAAUACCCGGCCUGAGGCAUCCCUAUAAAUGCUUUCCAUUUUGCUGGUAGAAAUUUAACCAGUGCUUGGAAAAGUAUUGCUUGGAUGUUUCUGCAAAGUCUGAGACUGCCCUCCUCUCUAUGUUGCCUUCUGUGCUGUUUUAGCAAUUAGACAAAUUCCGCUAGCCCACCAUCUUCCUUUGAUAGCAUUCUUUGUCUCCUCAGGUAGUGAAUUAGUUGCUCUCUCAUAAAAGGAGGGAAGUAAUACACAAUUGGAUUGCUUAAGGAAGGAAGUGUAUAUAUUGCUUAACUUAGAUGAGGGGGGGAGGUGUUAAGAAAAAUUUAGAAAUGGGAAUGAAAAACGAGGAGUCAGCUGGUUCUUUCCAUUCCAUCCUUGAUUAGCCUGUCCUUUAGUAUGACUAGUGGUCUGGAUUUGAGUCACUGUUGCUGGCAUUAGCAGAGAAUGGGAGGAAAAGUAUGGAGAUCAGGCUUUCUAAAUUCCAUUGCAAAAAAUAUUUACCAGUACACUCCAAAGUUGUUUGUGUGUUCUUGCUCAGAAAGCUUGGGGAAUAUUGGAUACCCCCUUUCUCCUCUUGGAGAUCAACUCACAUUAGAAUAUUAAGGACUCUCAGAAUUCCUGUUAUGGUAAACUAACCAUAAUCUACCAUUUCCCACACUUUGAGUAUGGACUUCUUAGCCCCCACUGCCCCGCCUGUGGAAACCUAUCAUCGUUUUGGGAGACUUCUGUGGAAUGCCAGUUUGGGGAAAUGAUUAGCUACACAUGAGGAAGUACCUUGUUAGUGCUGUCAAGUCAACCCUUUAUGAUUUUUCCUUCACCUCUCUCAAGCCUUAUUUUUCAACUAAAAAAAUAUGAGGCUUAAGGGCAAGAAGUGGAGUGAUGUUAAAAGAAUUGUAUGAGUUUGUCUAAAAUAAAGAGUAGCUUCUUA